GAAAGACACACUGGAAAACCUGAGUCAAUCCAAUUCGGAGGUUCCCAAAUUCAUUGGACUCUCUCUCUCUGCGCGCAGAUUUUUAGGUGAACCAAUCAGAGGAGAGAAGGAACAAAUUACGAGUCCGUAGAAAUGGAUGCAUCGCAAGUUUCGUCGUUAGGGACUACGGGUGGGAGCGGCGGAAACGGCUUGGUAAACAAUCAAACCAAUGACAAGGCAAGCGCAACGCCGAAUGAUGAUCCAAAGCAGAAUCUGAAUCAAGUCAUAAACUCCAUCCAGAAAACAUUAGGUCUUCUCCAUCAACUAUACCUCACCGUCUCUUCUUUCAAUGCCGCUUCACAGCUCCCUCUCCUUCAACGCCUUAAUUCAUUAGUUUCGGAGCUCGAUAACAUGGCUAAAUUAUCUGAGAAGUGUAAUAUUCAAGUGCCAAUGGAAGUUCUUAAUUUGAUUGAUGAUGGGAAGAACCCUGAUGAAUUUACGAGGGAUGUUUUAAAUGACUGUAUUGCGAAAAAUCAGGUUACUAAAGGCAAAACCGAUGCCUUCAAGAGUUUACGGAAACAUCUUCUUGAAGAGCUUGAACAAACAUUUCCUGAUGAAGUUGAAUCCUACAGAGAGAUACGCACAAGUGCUGCUGCUGUGAGUUAUUUUGAUGAUUAUGCUUUCGUAAAUGUUAUUCAUGAGUGGAAUCUAAACGGCUUGCUCAAUCACAGAGUAUUUUACAGAAUGGGGACGUAAAAGUCAAAACUGAGCUUUAGAUGCUUGUGCUUGGAGUUCUCUCCGCCCCUUUUUUUUCAUCUAUAUAGGUUUCUGUAUGUAAUAGACUUGCUCAAUAAAUUCUUAUGUAACAACAUUUUUGGCUUGUAUCAAGAAUUUGACAAUUUGCAGUUCUC